AUGGUUAGACCAUGGCGUGAAGGUCCUGCAGAGGUCCCACCCGUCCAAGCCGAUGCUGAAGUGAUUGGGGCACCGGCAACCGAAGAUCUUCCAUUUCUGGGACGAACCUUUGAAUCCGUACUGCCAUCAAGGCCUGAUGUUGAUGGGCAAGCGAUCCACUGGUGCAAGUAUCGGUUAUGUCGAAUUCUGCUGCUGAUGCUGGUGGCGCUGGUGAUGCUCAUUUGUUGUUUAGCCUUCCCUGUGACCCUGACUGUUCUGGCCAUUCAGCGCGUGUUUGGUCACCGUGAACACCUUUGCCCUUUCUGGAUGCAUCAUGCCCUGUGUAACUGGCCCCGACUUCAUGGAGGCUCCGCCGGGCCACUUCCGGAGCUUCCCAUCUCUGCAGACAACGUUCUGUGGAUGGAUCCCAACAUCUCAGAGUCCCAAGAUGCCAUGGCGGAGGCCGUAGAAGUGUUGCGACAUGCCAAGGUGCAAGCACUUCAUGAGGAUUUGUGCAGUUUUCUGGAAAAUUGGCUGCCAAAACUGGGCUUCAACGGCCUCAUCGCUAUGCUUAGGGCCUUCGAAAUAGUCAGAGAGGCUGAACAAGAGCAGGACGAUGAGGAUGUCGACGCGUGGGGCAUCCAAUUGGAUGACUUUUCAGAAGAUUUGAUUGAGAUCUCAGAGGAUUGGAAACACGACCUUGGCGCCUAUAUCAUGGCCAGACUGAAGCUGCAUCCUGUGAUGAACCGGAGCGAGUAUUUGAGAUAUGCAGUUGAAGUGGCAGGUUCAUUGAGGCUCGGGGGAGGGCCCUUGCAUGCGAUCACCUGGACCGAGAUGAUCUACUUCCUCCGAUCCAAUGGCUGGAGAAACACCAAUGGACUAUGGAACUUCGUGCUUGCGAACAUUUGCGCUGCCUUCCAGGAGCUGCCAGGCCUUUUCGUUCACUGCAUCCAUGGGCUCGGCCACGGCGCCAUGGCAUCAGGUGUUCUUUUGGCGAUGAGUCAUGGGCAGCGCGAUGCGUACGAGAAGCUGGAUCUGUGCGUGCAGAUACGCAAAGGAACUGCCGGCCAUCGAAUUACCCAGAGGAUGCUGGAUAUUGCCCUGGGAAUUUGCAACGAUGCGCCGGACAAGCAGCUGGGCUAUGUUUGUGCUGGCGGGGUGUACAUGGAGUACUGGAAGUCCAGGGGUGACAACUGGCGACCCAAAUAUGACUAUGGCGCUGCACUAUCCGCACUAUCCAGCUCCAGGUCAGUCAUCCACCAGGACUGGGCGAAGAAAGCGACGGAUGGUCCUUUAUCUGACCCAGCUUGGCUGUUUGAGCAUAUUUGUUUAUUUACCGACUUUCCAGCGACGUGCUUUCGCUUCGAACCUGGCUUGGGUGUGCAAGGGGAGCGAGACUCCUUCAGAGAGUUCGAACAUUUUGCAAUCUUCGAACCCUGUACUCAAAGCUACUGGAGUUCCAAUAUCACUUGGACACAAAAGCCUUUGCGUGGCUGCAUCCUUGGUCGCUCGGCUCGUUUCAUCUCUACCAGGACUAUGACUUCUGGUGUAAUGGGCGAUAUGCUAUUGAAACAGCCGGGCGAAAAUCUGGCCUUCAAAGGCUCAACACCUUGGCUGACUGGUGCUCCAUGUACGAGCCCGGUGAAGAUGGUGCUUCUCUUGUGCUGUCGAACAAGACGAGGACAUUGGAAACAAAGUUUCCUUUGCAGCCUUUGUUGCGCACUUAUGGAAACUGGCUGGCCUGCAUUGCUGGCUCCAUGGCCCGUGUGGCAUUCAUUGUCGAAGAGUCUGGGAUUGAUGAUGCUGUCGUGGAGGACCAUUGUAGACAGAUUUUGGAUCAGCAGGGGCAACUUCUGUGCAUCCAGAUUGGCUUGA